AUGCGCAAAAAGUUGUUAGCUGACGAAGAUGUUCUUCGAUCUCCAGAUUUGCUGAAUCCCCCUUCAACAACACAACAAUCCAAACACUACCAAGCGCGAUCAAUGAUCCUUGCGUAUUACUUCCGAGUAGCAUGCCUCUCUUCCUCACUCUCCUCAUCCAACUCCUGGUCACCAUCCAAUUUAUACUCAAUGCUAUCAAGGCCUACACCUCCUGAAUCAAUAUCAUCAUCCAAACCAACAGUAUUUGCAGCAAAUUGCCUUUCAGGGCCAGUACAACCCACAUUUGACGCGUGUAGUUUAAGCUAUUCCAUCUUCCAUUCCCGCAUCGAACCCGCAGUACACUACACAGCCAUCUCACCUUCACCUUCGCCUUCUCCACUCUUGGGUCCUCGACCAAUUGUCAUGUCGCGUGAAAUCCAGCCUAAUGCCGCUUCUGGCUCAUCCAACAGAAAACGAAAGAUAGAGGAAACCGAAGAAGAGCACCGUCAAAAGGUCACAACAUUUGAGAAAAUGAAAGAUAGCUGGGAAGAUGCGCUGAAACGCGCAGUGUAG